GCUCUUCUUGAUGAGCUUAAAGAAAAAAACUUUGAGUAUGAUUAUCAAUGUGAUCAAGAUAAUCAUUUAACACAUCUCUUUUUUGCCUAUUCUACAUCAAUUAUACUUACUAAAGCCUAUAGCUCUGUUCUUUUAAUAGACUACACGUAUAAAACUAAUAAGUUUAGAAUGCCGCUUCUUCAUGUCGUUGGAAUGACAAGCUUUAAUACUACAUUCUCCUCCUGUUUCGCGUUCCUAAAGUCAGAGCAGAAGGAAGAUUAUGAAUAG